GGGGGAGCCGGGGCCCAGAGACAGAGACAGCAACCCAGAGACAGAGAGAGACAGAGACGCCGAGACACAGAGACAGCGCCGGGCGGGCGGCGAGAGCAGAAGGGAGGGAGGAAAGGAGGGAGGGGAGACAGCGAGACCUCGAGCCGGGGAAGGAGGGAAGGCAAGAAGGCAGGAAGGCGGGGGCCCCUCCCGGCCUCCUCGGGGCUCCCGCCACCCCCGCCCCCGCCGCAGCCCCAGCGCCGCCGCCCGAUCAGCAUCUUCCUCCUUCCUCCUCAGUGCCCCCAGUUGGUGGGCCUGGCACUGCCACCAUGAUGUGCGAGGUGAUGCCAACCAUCAGUGAGGAUGCCCGGCGGGGCUCAGCCCUGGGCCCAGAAGAGGCAGGUGGGGCAGCAGGUGGUGAACUGGAACGCCUCAUGGUCACCAUGCUCACAGAGCGUGAGCGCCUCCUGGAGACCCUUCGUGAGGCCCAGGAUGGAUUGGCCACAGCCCAGCUUCGCCUUCGUGAACUGGGCCACGAGAAGGAUUCAUUACAAAGGCAGCUCAGCAUAGCAUUGCCCCAGGAGUUCGCUGCCCUCACCAAGGAGCUGAACCUGUGCAGGGAGCAGCUGCUGGAGCGGGAGGAAGAGAUCGCAGAGCUCAAGGCCGAGCGGAACAACACCCGGCUGCUGCUGGAGCAUCUGGAGUGCUUGGUGUCCCGGCAUGAGCGCUCCUUACGCAUGACGGUCGUGAAACGCCAGGCCCAGUCCCCAGCUGGCGUCUCCUCUGAGGUUGAAGUGCUCAAGGCCCUCAAGUCUCUGUUCGAGCAUCACAAGGCUCUGGAUGAGAAGGUGCGGGAGCGGCUCCGUCUAGCCCUGGAGCGGGUGGCUGUGCUGGAAGAAGAGUUGGAGCUGAGUGGCCAGGAGUCCCUAAAUCUGAGGGAGCAGCUGUCCAGGGGCCGGCGUUCCGGACUGGAUGAAGCAGGGAAGGAAUCAGAUGGGCAGUCUCUGGUGAACGGGCUCGUGGGGGAACCCAACCGCAGGGUGGUGGAGUUAGAAGAGGCCCUAGAACGCCAACGGGCUGAGACUGGGCAGCUUCGGGAACGCUUGGCUGCCCUCUGCCGCCAGAUGGGACAGCUGGAGGAAGAGCUGGGAGCAGCCCAUCGGGAGCUGGGCAAAGCCGAGGAGGCUGGCCUCAAGCUUCAGCGAGACCUCAAGGAGGCAUUGGCACAGAGGGAGGAUAUGGAAGAGAGGAUCACGACUUUGGAGAAGCGUUACCUGAGCGCACAGCGGGAGGCCACCUCACUCCACGAUGCCAAUGACAAAUUGGAGAAUGAGCUAGCCAGCAAGGAGUCUCUGUAUCGCCAGAGCGAGGAGAAGGGCCGCCAGCUGGCAGAGUGGCUGGAGGAUGCGAAGCAGAAGCUAGCACAAACGCUGCAGAAGGCGGAAACGCUGCCCGAGAUCGAGGCGCAAUUGGCGCAGAGGGUAGCAGCCCUCAGCAAGGCGGAGGAGCGCCACGGGAACUUUGAGGAGCGCCUGAGGCAGCUGGAGGCGCAACUUGAGGAGAAGAACCAGGAGCUGCAGAGGGCCCGGCAGCGGGAGAAGAUGAACGAUGAGCACAACAAACGUCUCUCGGACACGGUGGACAAGCUGCUGAGCGAGUCCAACGAGCGGCUGCAGCUGCACCUCAAGGAGCGCAUGGGGGCACUCGAGGAAAAGAACACGCUAAGCGAGGAGAUUGCCAGUAUGAAGAAACUUCAGGAUGAGCUGCUGCUCAACAAGGAGCAGCUCCUGGCUGAGAUGGAGCGGAUGCAGAUGGAAAUCGAUCAGCUGCGGGGGCGGCCGCCUUCCUCCUACUCCAGGUCCCUCCCGGGCAGCGCUCUGGAGCUGCGGUACUCCCAGGCCCCGACGCUACCCUCGGGUGCCCACCUGGACCCUUACGGAGGCCCCGGAGGCCGGGUUGGCAAGAGAGGGGGCCGCUGGCCCGGGACUAAGGACGAGCCGGCCAAGGCUCAGGAAUGGGCGGAGCGAGUGACAGGCCGGGAACCUUCUUCUGGCUCCGGUACUGGGCCAGGCACUGGCGCAGGAGCUUUUGAGGCCGAUUUGGAGGGCUCCGAUGAAGACGAGCCCGAGGGUCUGUUCGGACCCGAGCUGCUGUCGCCCAGCGGGCAGGCCGACGUGCAGACCCUCGCUAUCAUGUUGCAGGAGCAGCUCGAGGCCAUCAAUAAGGAAAUCAAGCUCAUCCAGGAGGAGAAAGAGACCACGGAGCAGCGGGCAGAGGAGCUGGAGAGCCGAGUGUCUGGCUCUGCUCUGGACUCCCUGGGACGCUACCGGGCCAGCUGCUCCCUUCCACCUUCCCUGACUACGUCCACCCUGGCCAGCCCUUCCCCCCCCAGCUCUGGCCACUCCACACCCCGCCCUGCCCCACCGAGCCCUGCCCGGGAAGCCCCAGCCAACAGCACUAGCAACACUGCAGAGAAGACUAACCAUGUGCCCAGGGAGGACGGCGUGGUCCCUGGGGACACACCACCCCCCACACCUCGAUCGGCCCGCCUUGAAAGGAUGACCCAGGCUCUAGCUCUGCAGGCUGGGGGCUCCCUGGAGGAUGGGAGCCCUGCACGGCCCAGUGAGGGUGCCCCAGACCCCCUCCAUAAGGCCCCCAAGAAGAAGAGCAUCAAGUCUUCCAUUGGUCGCCUCUUUGGCAAGAAGGAGAAGGGCCGCCUGGGAGGCCCUCCCGGGCGAGAUGGGCCCUCACUGGCUGGAACCCCCUCAGAUGAGAUGUCCCCUGCGGACCCUCUGGGGCUGUCAAAGCUCACAGGGCCUCCCGGAGAUAAAGACCGGAGGAACAAGAGGAAGCAUGAGCUCUUGGAGGAAGCCUGUCGACAGGGCCUGCCCUUUGCUGCCUGGGAUGGACCAACAGUUGUCUCCUGGUUGGAGCUGUGGGUGGGGAUGCCAGCGUGGUAUGUGGCUGCCUGCCGGGCCAAUGUGAAGAGUGGGGCCAUUAUGGCCAACCUGUCUGACACGGAGAUCCAACGGGAGAUUGGCAUCAGCAACCCCUUGCACCGGCUCAAGCUCCGACUUGCCAUCCAGGAGAUGGUGUCCCUCACCUCACCCUCUGCACCAGCCUCCUCCAGAACGUGCACCGGCAAUGUUUGGAUGACCCACGAAGAGAUGGAGUCUCUCACAGCCGCCACUAAGCCCGAGCCCAAGGAGAUCAGCUGGGAGCAGAUCCUGGCCUACGGCGACAUGAACCACGAGUGGGUGGGAAACGACUGGCUGCCGAGCCUGGGGCUGCCCCAGUACCGCAGCUACUUCAUGGAAUCCUUAGUAGAUGCGCGCAUGCUCGACCACCUCAACAAGAAAGAGCUUCGGGGCCAGCUCAAGAUGGUAGACAGCUUCCACAGAGUGAGUCUCCACUAUGGGAUUAUGUGUCUGAAGAGGCUCAACUAUGACCGUAAGGACCUGGAGCGGAGGCGAGAGGAGAGUCAGAGCCACGUGAGAGACGUGAUGGUGUGGUCGAAUGAGCGGGUGAUGGGCUGGGUGUCAGGCCUGGGGCUGAAGGAGUUUGCCGGGAACCUGUCUGAGAGCGGUGUGCACGGGGCGCUGCUGGCCCUGGACGAGACCUUCGACUGCUCAGACUUGGCCCUGCUGCUGCAGAUCCCGACACAGAACGCGCAGGCUCGGCAGUUGCUGGAGAAGGAGUUUGGCAAUCUCAUUUCCAUGGGCACUGACCGGCGGCUGGACGAGGACAGCGCCAAGUCUUUCAGCCGCUCCCCGUCGUGGCGGAAGAUGUUCCGAGAGAAGGACUUGCGCGGGGUCAGCCCGGACUCAGCCGAGAUGCUGCCCCCCAACUUCCGCUCAGCCGCCGCGGGAGCCCUGGGCUCGCCGGGCCUCCCUCUGCGCAAGUUGCAGCCCGACGGCCCUCCUUCUGGGAGCCCGCGGGCGGACGGCGGAGUCUCCGUGCGAACAUACUCCUGUUAGUGCUCAGCCAGGUGAGGGUGCCUUCAGGAGUCCCGGAGCCGCGGCUUUCCGAGCUUCCUGACCUGCCCUCCCCCCUCCUCCGGUACAGGUGGGCGCGCCCAGGAGGAGCCUCAGUAGGGGGAGAUAAAGGUCCGUCCUGCUCCCCCCCCUUCAAGAGAUUGGACUCGCCCUCGGAAGGGACUGGGAUCAGAGAGACUUAGAGGGGCUCUCUGGACUGAACCAUUUUGUACAGACCGGGAGGGAGAGGCAUGUCAGCCUAUCCACGUGAACUGGAUUUCGGGAAGGGAGGGGGCAGUUUGGAAUCUUCCUCCUCCCUUUUGCUACUUUGUAAUUUAUUUGUUUCCGAGUGAAGGGGGAGGGGCCGCAAUCCCGCCUCCUCAGGGGCCGCAUGCUGGGGGCGGGGCGUGGCCCGACCCCGCUCCUCCCUUUCCACUAUCCUCCCUUCCCCUCCAACCCCGGGGCCUCAGUCCUCCCGGGCGCGCCCCCGCGGGGGACUCGCUGCUACAGGCCCCGCCCCCUCUUCUACCCUCUCCUUCCUUGCGGGAAGGGGGCGGGGGGGGGGAGUGGAAGCCUCGUUUUUUCCGAUUAUCCGGGACGCCUCAGGGUCCCGAUUAUCCAGGCAGGCAUAUUUGGGGUGGGGUUUGGGGGCCCCCUUUCCCCGUUCGUGUGUCUCGCGUUCCCUGGAUCUCGUUCUCCCCUCACCCUAACCCGUUAUUCCGGGGAGUGGGAUGGAGGGAGAGAAGGAUCCCAGGUGUCCCCUCCAAGCCCUGUUCCCCAGUCUUCCCCGCGGGCUCCGGUUUUUUUGUUUUUGUUUUGUUUCAUUUUUGUUUUUAGGUUUUGUUUUUGUUUUUGUUGUUUUUUGUUUUUGUUUUGCAUGGGAGAAUCCGCAGGGGCGGGGAAGGGGGUGGGCCCCCUCCCUCCUCCUGCCCCCACCUCAGAUGUCAGUGAUCUUGGUGAAAGAAAACUGUUUCAAAAGA